AUGGGAUUGAGGGCCGUCGUCCUGCUGGCCGUCUUCGCCGAAGCCGCUGCGAGAUCGUGCACUCCAAACAAAGCAGAUGUCAUUCUCGUGUUUUGUUAUCCUAAAACCAUCAUCACCAAAAUCCCCGAGUGUCCCUAUGGAUGGGAACUACACCAACUGGCCCUCGGAGGGCUGUGUUACAAUGGGGUCCAAGAAGGAGGUUACUACCAAUUUGUAAUCCCAGAUUUAUCACCUAAAAACAAGUCCUACUGUGGAACCCAGUCUGAGUACAAGCCACCCAUCUACCACUUCUACAGCCACAUCGUUUCCAACGACAGCACGGUGAUCGUGAAAAACCAGCCUGUCAACUACUCCUUCUCCUGCACCUACCACUCCACCUACCUGGUAAACCAGGCUGCCUUUGACCAGAGAGUGGCCACCGUUCACGUGAAGAACGGGAGCACAGGCACAUUUGAAAGCCAGUUGUCUCUCAACUUCUACACUAAUGCCAAGUUCACCACCAAGAAAGAAGCCCCCUUUGUCCUGGAGACAUCCGAAAUUGGUUCAGAUCUGUUUGCAGGAGUAGAAGCCAAAGGGUUAAGCAUUAGAUUUAAAGUGGUCUUGAACAGCUGUUGGGCCACACCUUCAGCUGAUUUCAUGUAUCCCUUGCAGUGGCAGCUGAUCAACAAAGGCUGCCCCACAGAUGAAACAGUCCUCGUGCAUGAGAACGGGAAAGAUCACAGGGCAACCUUCCAAUUCAAUGCCUUCCGGUUCCAGAACAUCCCCAAGUUGUCCAAGGUUUGGUUACACUGUGAGACGUUCAUCUGUGACAGUGAGAAGCUCUCCUGCCCAGUGACCUGCGACAAGCGGAAGCACGUGCUGCGGGCGCAGACAGGGGGCGUCCUGGUGGUGGAGCUGUCCUUGCGGAGCAGGGGAUUUUCGAGUCUCUAUAGCUUCUCAGAUGUCUUCUAUCACCUCGUCGUGAUGCUGGGGAUUUAUGCCGUGUUAUAG